AUGCGCCUCCAUGUUAUGAAGCCAGGCCAGGGGGAGACACAGAAUGAGCCCAGGACAUCCCCACCCACCGCGCAGGCUUGGACCCCCACCCAGUCUCCGGAGAAGAAGAUGUCCCGACUGCUGGAGUCCCCGGGCCAGGUGGUUUGCCAGGAGGAGCCCCGUAGGCCAUUGACCUCUCUUGUGUCACGCCGUGGGACGGGGCGUCGCCAUCGCGUCGUGAAGUGGCCGUUUUCCCCUGUGACUUACCGUAGUCACAAGUUGGUCCUGCCAGCCGCGGUCCCGGAGAAGAGGUUUGUUCUUUUGGUUGGUGACUCUCAUCUGCGUGCUUACGUUGAUGAGUUUGUCUCCAUGCCAGAGGGCAACCUCUCCUUUGGGUUUCUUGCAACCCCCGGGGCCUCGGCGGACGAGUUGAGGCGUGAGGUGCUGGGAGCAGUUCUGCCUCGGACCCCCGAGGUAGUCUGUCUUCUGGCACCCGGCAACAACUUGGAAGCCAGAAGGACCGUGCAGCAGUCGGGCGCGGACUUCGAGGGGCUGCUGCUUGCCGUCGGCAACCUCUGCCCUAACGUGGUUGUUGUGGACUUUCCUCCACGUCUAACCGUGGAGGAAGACCACCAACAGCUGCUCCGGCAGGAGUACCACCGUGUGGCUGCUCGGAGAAAUGUUCGCUACCUCUCGGUAGUUGAACAUUUCCCGCGGAGCUGCUUGGACAUGUGGAGCAGGGAUGGCGUUCACCUGAGCGACCAUCCUGGGAUGGAGGUCCUUGCUCAGUUGCUGUGGGAUGCGUCCUACACGCAACUUGAGUUAAGUGCACCGACAUCUCCAGCUCCACCUCCUGCUCCUGUGACGCCUCCUUCCCCCGUGGUGAGACGUUCCCCCCCUAGGCCUCCGCCUCCUGCUCCUGUGACGCCUCCUUCCCCCGUGGUGAGACGUUCCCCCCCCAGGCUGGUUGUGGUCGGCGAGGUUCCAGCUCCGCGUCCUUCGGACCCUUUCGCUUGGACUGUUGUCCGUGGUGGCCAGAGGACGUCGCGCCAGGUCCAGAGGGGUGAUGGCUCUCCACACAUCACUGGGAGGAUGGUUGACCAACAGGGAGACCUGCUGGACUCGACCAUUCCCCCGAAUCCUGUGUGGUUCAGCCCAACGGUGCUGGAGGAGAUGGACCGGAUCGUUCCUGCGUCUGGCCGUGACGCUCCGUUACCGACGCGUGCUCUGAAGGGGAAGAAGAAAGCCAGUGUGAGACGUCGUCCACGACCCGAUCCCUCCAAGCCGAGACCGGAGGAGCUGCAGGUGGAGGGAGCUCCGACUGAGAGGACCAGGCCAGCCCGUCGCCAGCCCAGGAGAGCCGCCCCCACGUUGGAGGUUGACGCCCCCGCCGAGUCCUCUCCCGCGCCUCUGGAGGACCAUGUCAGGGAUGACAGCUGCCAGGUGGAGGGAGCUCCGACUGAGAGGACCAGGCCAGCCCGUCGCCAGCCCAGGAGAGCCGCCCCCACGUUGGAGGUUGAUGCCCCUGCCGAGUCCUCUCCCAUGCCUCUGGAGGACCAUGUCAGGGAUGACAGCUGCCAGGCUUCUUCGUUGGAACCCUGCGCCAGCGGUCCGCCUGUCCAGACUGUGAGAGCCACACAUUGCCAGGCUGACUACAGAUACGGUACAUUUUCCCGUAAUCACCAGUGCACCUGUAUGGCUCUGACAUUUUUAGCGUACCACAGUGAGGGGUUGCAGUGUGACACAGUCUUACUUGACAGAGUACUUGAGCAAGGAGAUGCACUUUAUGUUGGCAUUAAACAGCAGCUCAUGUUGGACGGCAGAUUUGUUGAUAAUCACUUGACAGUUGAAGAGAUGCCCCAACAAGUACUGACAGACGGGAACAUCUACUCUGUACACACAACGGGUGUCAGAGUUGGUCGUGUUUUGUGUCAGAAUGAUAGCCCUCAAAGGUCACAGCGAAUGGGAUUUCCUCUUGCCUCACAACUAGAGUGUCUGUCUGAAAAUGUCACCCAUGCUUUUCUUUUGGUGACUCCUGAGUGCAUUGCAGUUUUCCGGGACAGAGACGGUAGGUUUGGAGUUUUUGAUUCUCACUCAAGAAACUCAGCAGGCCUGCCCCAUCCUAACGGAACUGCAGUGGUCAUGACCUUUAGCAACCUAACGCUCAUGGUUGAACAUCUGUACAAACUCUUUCAGAACCGUGGCCCCAAUGCCACGUAUGAGUUUGUACCAGUAUCGUUUGUCAGCGACGACAUUGGUGAUGCCCCUCCUCCGGCCUUGAGCAAUCUGAAUAUUUCACCUGGAUCCACACAAGCAAGCCCUAAGAAAUCAGAGAGCACUUCUGAUGAAGAGGAUGAAGAGGAAAUGCCAGCUUGGCUUGUUGAAGUUGGCCACAUAUUAGAGGAAACCGUCCCAACGAUGCCAGAUGUGUCCAAAAUGCCGAAAGCCAGGAGGAAAAAAGUAAAAGACAGGGUCAAAGCUCAGCUGGGACAGGAUGUAGUUAAAAAAAUGAAACAAAGAACAUCUGAGAAAGAAAAAUAUGAUACAUCGCCUACAUAUAAGGUAAAAAAACUACGGGCAAUGAAACAAGCAUAUCUUCUUCAACAUGCAGAGAGGAAGAUCCAGUUAACUGCUAGAUACAAGCGUGAUGUUGCUUACCGAAGGAGACUAAUGGAAUAUGUGAAGAAAAGAUACAGCAACGAUCCCAACUACAAAGCCAGACAGAAAGCAUUUAUGAAGAAGUAUAUGAAGGAAAGAUACAGCAACGAACCCAACUUCACAGCCAGAAAGAAAACAUUCAUGAAGAACUAUAUAAAGGAAAGGUACAGCAACGAUCCCAACUUCACAGCCAGACAAAAAACAUUUAUGAAGAACUAUAUAAAGGAAAGGUACAGCAACGAACCCAACUUCACAGCCAGACAAAAAACAUUUAUGAAGAACUAUAUAAAGGAAAGGUACAGCAACGAUCCCAACUUCACAGCCAGACAGAAAAGACUUAUGAGGAUGUAUAUGAAGAAAAUGUACAGCAAGUUACAGUUCCGGGUGCAACAUAUUAAAAAAUGUGCUGUCAACAAGAGACUAAGGCUAUCAAAGAAGACACUUCCUCAAAAUACAAUGCUGCAGUGUGCAAUGAGAAUCAGGCGAAAAUACAGAAGGACUUUAGACUUUCUCCAAGGAACUCCACAGCCUCUGAUCAGCAACGAAAUGAAAGCUGCAAUUCUGAAAUUUCAAGAGAAAAUUCAACUUGGACCCACACAUGUCUGCACGGUUUGUCACAGAGCUCUUUUCCCAAGUCAAGUCAAGCAUUGUAACAGAGCCAAAUAUACCAAGAACAUUCGUGUGGAGGCCGAAUGCCUGACAGGUACGUAUGUUCACAUGUGUGACUCUGCAUGUUCCGCCCCGUGUUCUGUACCCAAAGAGAGGACUCAGGAGUGGAUCUGCUACACAUGUGACAGCUACGUAACCAGAGGAAAGAUGCCAUCAAUCGCUGCUGCCAAUCAUCUGGACCUGGCACCUAUUCCCACAGAGCUUUCCCUAUUGAAUGUACUUGAGAGGCAAUUGAUUGCAAAAAUACUGCCUUUUGCCAAGAUUGUUUCAUUGCCCAAAGGACAGCAGAGAGCAAUUCAUGGAGCUGUUGUUUGUGUACCUUCGGAAAUGGAAACAAUCGUGAACUGUCUUCCCAGGCCCAGCACAGAAGCACAGCUUUUACAGGUUAAGCUGAAGAGGAAAAUUAAAUACAAAGGAUACCAAUACUUUUACACAGUAAACAUGGAAAAUGUUUUGGCUGCACUCAGAAAGCUUAAAGAGACCCACCCGGAUUACAAGGAUGUAAAUAUAAAUGAAAGUGCAACAUUUGAGGAUUUCCAGGACGACCAACCUGUUGAGGAAUCAGAAACCCAAGCAGAGGAUGCAGUCACAGACCAACCUGACCACAUAGGGGAAGAACAUCAGGCUCUUCGACCGGGUCUGAUCUUGGACACGUGCAUGCAGCCACCUGACAUAGCACAGGAAGUGCUCUCCUAUGGAGAUGGAAUUUUUAGUGUCGCUCCCGCCCAAGGAAACAAACCCGUUGGCUUCUUUACUGUUCCAAGGCUGGAAGCCAAGGCUUUUCCUGUGCAGUUCCCCACUGGCCAAAACACGUUAGACGAAGCCAGACGAGUUAUACUGUCACCAAGUAUGUAUUUCAAUGUCAGGCUUUUCUCUGUAGACACUCGAUUUGCCAAAGACCAGAGUUAUCUUUUCUUUGCUCAGUUUGUUACUGAGACUCAUAUGGCCAACAACAGCAUGUCAAUUCAGUCAAGAAAAGGCAAAGCCCGGAGCAAAGAAGGACACAACAUUUCCAGCAAGAUGCUACAGGACAAAGAAGAGUUAGAAAAACUAAUCCAAAAUAAAGAGGCCACUCGUUUUAUGCAACCCCUAAGAGGAACUCCAGCUUAUUGGGAGAAAGGUUUGCGCGAUUUGCACGCCAUGGUGAGGCAGCUGGGAAAGCCAACCUUCUUUUGUACCUUCUCUGCUGCUGAAAUGAGAUGGCCGGAAGUCAUUGAGGCCAUCAAAGCUCAACACGGAGAGCAGGUCAACUUCUCAGAGCUCGACUGGAACACCAAGUGUGACAUUCUUAGGAGCAACCCUGUUACUGUGAUGAGAAUGUUCUCCAAGAGGGUGGAUGCUCUCUUCACAGAUCUCAUUUUGUCCCCUGCGCAGCCCAUCGGACCAGUUGAGGAUUACUUUUAUCGUGUGGAAUUUCAAGCAAGGGGUUCCCCGCAUAUACAUUCUGUGAUAUGGAUUAAGGAUGCACCUGAGAUGGAGGACCCCUCAUGUUGUGACCAAGUCAUCAAUUUCAUCGACCGUUACAUAUCCUGUCAGUUGCCCGAUGAAACCACAGACCCUGAGCUCCACAAAAUUGUAACGGAGGUUCAAAUGCACAGCAAAAAGCAUUCCAAAUCAUGCAAGAAAGGAAAUGUGCAAUGCAGAUUUGGAUUUCCCAAACUACCCAUGGACCGCACCAGAAUCACAGCCCCUCUCUUAUUCGACUUUGAAAAUGAUUGUGAUGAAAAAAACUAAGCAAUCCAGACAAAAGGAUGGCCAGAAGAAGUCCAGAAAAUCGAAGCCAAUAAUCAUCUCAAACCAACAAAGAGAAGCAAAGAGGAAGCUGAAAUCAAUAAGGGAUUUGCUCAUGGAUCAAAAAUCUUCUUUCAAGGAUUUGCCAGAAUUACUCCAGGCUUGUAAGAUGACCAAAGAAGAAUACAACCACUAUGUGGAUGCUCUGACUUCUGGAAUGGUAGUGAUGAUGAAGCGUGAUCCCAAAGACAGCUGGGUGAAUGGAUACAACCCGGAUCUCCUGCGUGCUUGGAAUGCUAACAUGGACAUUCAGUAUGUGAUCGAUGAGUA